CUGCUCUCCCCAUCGAAUCCAAGCUUAUCGUUAUCAUCAUCACCCACAUCCAACAGGCAUACGCUCAUUCACCACGCCAUGUCGAGCUCAAGACACUUACUCAAAAGGGUCUCGAUACUUCCACAACAUCUGAACCUCAGCUCUCGCUUUGCCUCGUCGGAAUCUUCUUCAUCCCUGAACUCGGUCCGAGAGGCCAUCAAGAACGAUGGCCUGACCUUCCAUGACUUCGUUUCCGCCGGAGCCCAGGACAUUAGCGUCAACUCCUCGGACCUGGUCGGCUCACUCACUCCGACCAAACGCCUUCCGAGGUUCUUGAAGACCGAUAUCCCAACCUCGGCUUCGUUCAAUUCAAUCAAGAAAGACCUUCGUGGACUGGGCUUACAUACCGUUUGCGAAGAGGCUCGAUGUCCGAAUAUAGGGCAAUGUUGGGGCGGCGACAAGGGAGAAGCGACGGCUACCAUCAUGCUCAUGGGUGAUACCUGUACAAGGGCUUGUAGGUUCUGCGCAAUCAAAACUUCCAAUCGCCCUCCUCCACUCGACCCUCAUGAGCCAGAACGUACCGCAGAAGCCAUCAGCAAGUGGGGUGUCGGAUAUAUCGUCAUGACAAGUGUCGAUAGAGAUGAUUUACCGGAUGGAGGUGCCUCGCAUAUCGCAAAAACUAUCCAACAGGUUAAGGCGAAAGCGCCUCACAUUCUGCUCGAAGCCUUGACGCCCGACUUUGCUGGCCCCAACCAACGGGCCUCGACCUCAUGUGUGGCAAACUCGGGCCUGGAUGUCUUUGCCCACAACAUGGAGACUGUCGAACGGCUCACGCCCUCUGUCCGGGACCGACGCGCACACUUCCACCAAUCUUUGGACACUCUGAGAUGGGCGAAGGAGACUGGCCCGGCAGGCUUGAUCACCAAGACUAGCUUGAUGUUGGGCGUUGGAGAAGAGGAUGACGAGGUGGUCAUGACACUUAAAGAGUUGAGGAAGAACUCGGUUGACGUGGUGACCUUUGGCCAAUACAUGCGCCCGACCAAGCGACACAUGAAGGUCGAAAGCUACAUCACUCCGGCCAAAUUCGAGUAUUGGAAGACAGUCGCCGAACAGAUGGGCUUUCUGUACGUUGCUAGUGGACCGCUUGUCAGGAGUAGCUUCAAGGCAAAUGAAUUGCUCAAAAGCUCGCUGGGUAAACGCCUCUUGAAGAAAAAAUGAUUGGAUCAUGUGCUCUAUCUACCUCGCAGUCAAGCAUCCAUUCAUAAUUUAUUGACUAUCCUCAUCUUUACUGUAUCAGCUCUUCGGAAUCCUCACCUUGUUUCACUUUCAAAUCUCAUCCUCAGUUUUUACUUUGUCUUUCUGUAUUUUGUUGAACACGAAAUUCAUUCAUGCGCAUUAAAUUUGUUCUUCAUGAAACUAGAUUGGUCAGAAAAAGCCUUGAUAUUGAUACGAGUUGACUGGAUACCUCAUUUUCUUUUCUCUUUUUGCGGCCACCGGAACUACAUGCGGAUGCGAGUUAUUAGUGACCGUGUCUCCCUCUUCCA